GGUUGCUAUUACAACCGUCCAAAUAUCGUAUUUUUUUUCAAAUAAUACAAACUACAAAUAUUCUUCUAUGUACUUUCGUAUGAUUAAAAAAAUCUGUAUAGAUAUGAAAUGUCUUAUUUAAGACCAAAAGGAUAAUAUCCAAUUCUUCUCCAAUCGUAGGAGAGUCUCGUUCAUCCAUUAUACAAUUAAUCUUAAACAAGAGUAUUGGCAGCAUUAUUUUUUGACAUUUCAUUUCACGUGCGGUGCAUAAUAUAAACAAUGCGGUUUUUGCUUGUUUUACUUGUACUUUUAAAUUAAAAUAUUUGAUUUGAGAUCUGAAGAAAAUAUGUCACGAAUUAUAGUAAAGCAGUUACCAAAGAAUAUCAGCGAAGAAAAGCUGCGCACUAUCUUUGGUACGAAGGGGACAAUCACGGAUAUGCAGCUCAAAUAUACACCAGAUGGAAAAUUCCGCCAGUUCUGCUUUAUCGGAUAUCGUAGUGAAGAAGAGGCGCAAGAAGCUAUAAAAUACUUCAAUAACACAUGUAUACAAACAAGCCGUAUCAAAGUCGAGGUGUGUGCUGCACUUGGCAGUGAGGAUAAGCCGCUAGCACGUAGCAAAAAUGCUCGAAAAGUUGAGACACAGACUAUGCAGGAAGAAUUACAAAAAGAUAAAGAUGAAAAAACUAAUAGAAAAAAAACUUCAAAUGUGGUAGAUGAAAUUAUAGGUAAACAUAAGGAUGAUCCUGAUUUUCAAGAAUUCAUGAGUGCGCACGAUAAGAAACGUACUUUAUGGGCAAAUGAUGCCGGAGAAUCUUUGCAACCUACCGAGCAAGUUGAAAAUACAAGUGAGGAGGAAAUCCCUAAAGAAGCAAAAAAAAUAGAAUAUGUUGAAUGCGAAGUUGAGAACAGUAAUGAAGAUGAAGAAAAAUUAGCAGAGAAGCCAAUCAGUGAUCUUGAUUACAUGAAAAACCUUAUGGCAAAAUCGACGAACGCAGAACAUAAAAAAGGGAAAACAAAUACCGGGCUUGAUUUGUUUACUAUUAAAAUGCAUAAUGUUCCUUACAAGGCCAAACGCCAAGAGAUCUUAAAAUUUUUUAAACCGUUAAAACCAUACUCUGUACGGCUACCUACAAAUGUUCAUGGAUUCUGUUACGUCGGCUUCAAAACGGAAAAGGAAAUGGUAAAAGCUAUGCUUAAAAAUAAAAGUUUCAUAAAAGGAAAACAAGUGUUUUUUUCCGAUUUCACCGAGAAAAACAAAAUAACAAAAUCGAAAGGAGAGAAGGGAGAGAAAACAACGGACCUUCAUAAAUUAAAACCGACAAAGCCGAAAUGGGCUCAGCAAGAACAGAGUACACAAAAUGAAGAAGGAAUUGUUGAAUCGGGUCGCAUUUUCUUCCGUAACUUGGCUUACACAGUUACAGAAGAUGAUCUUCAAACUUUAUUUGAGAAAUUCGGACCCAUUGCCGAAAUAAAUGUGCCCGUAGAUAGUAUAACUCGUCAAAUAAAGGGUUUUGGCACAGUGACAUUUGUUAUGCCAGAACAUGCCUUGCAAGCUUUCAACAAAUUGGAUGGCUCCGAUUUUCACGGUCGGCUGUUGCAUCUAAUACCAGGAAAAAGCAGGGAUGACGACCCAAAAAGUGAUGAAAACGACGCAGCUCUGUCGUUUAAACAAAAGAAAGCUUUAAAGCUGAAGAAAUCAGCGCAGCAGUCUGUGAAUUGGAAUACUUUGUUUUUAGGUGCAAAUGCGGUGGCGGAAAUUUUAGCUAAACGUUUCUCCACAACUAAAGAAAAGGUUUUAGACACAAGUGAAGGCGGUUCCAGUGCGGCGGUACGUAUUGCCUUAGGAGAAACACAAAUUGUCAUUGAAAUGAAAAACUUCCUAGAAGAGAAUGGAGUGCGGCUAAGUGUUUUUGAUGCGCCUGCAGUGAAGCGUUCUAAAACAAUUAUCUUAGCGAAAAAUUUACCAGCUGAUACGACAGUGACAGAAUUAACGCCAAUAUUCGCGAAAUUUGGCCCAAUCGGGCGACUCAUUUUGCCUCCCAGUGGUGUCACCGCACUGAUAGAGUUUUGUGACCCAUCAGAGGCAAAGCAGGCUUUCAAAAAAUUAGCGUAUAGCAAAUUCAAAAAUGUACCAUUAUACUUGGAGUGGGCGCCGGAACAAACUUUCACAACAACGUUAAAUGGAGAACCUAUAAUUCCAAAACAAGAGGAAGAAGUCAGCAGUCAUAAUGAAACCAUAACACAGGAAGCAUUAAAAACUCAACCAACAACACAAUUAAAUGGCGAUGAAAACCUUGAAAACAGAACAAUUGAAGAUGACAACUCUAAUAUUGAGGAAGAUUUAAUGGAGGAAGACCCAGAACCAAAUACAACACUCUUUCUUCGUAAUUUGAAUUUCAAGACCGUCCCAGAUACGAUACACAAUCAUUUCAAACAUUUAGGACCAAUACACACUGUAGAAAUAGCAAAGCGGAAAGAUCCUAGGAAUCCACGUAUUCAAGUGUCCAUGGGUUAUGGUUUCAUACAAUUUAAGUUGGCUGCAACAACAGAGAAAGCAUUAAAGCAAAUGCAAUUCACACAAAUAGACGACAAUCAGGUGGAACUGAAACGCAGCGAUCGGACACUAAAAACUUCGUCUAAUGUGCCUCGUAAACAUUUAGUGAAAACACAGCAAACAGGCACAAAAAUGCUUGUACGUAAUAUACCGUUCCAGGCGAAAGAAAAGGAAGUCCGCGAGAUCUUCAAGGCAUUUGGUGAACUGCGUUCUGUGCGUUUACCAAAGAAAAUGACGCCGGGCGCAGACUCACAUCGUGGUUUCGGUUUUGUAGAUUUCAUCACAAAAAGUGACGCCAAAAAGGCAUACGAAGCGCUUAGCCAAAGUACGCAUUUAUACGGCAGACGAUUGGUGCUGGAAUGGGCAUCGCUCAAUGACGACGACGUGGAAGAAAUACGCAAACGUACCGCAACUGAGUUCUAUGCUAGUACAAAUAAUGCCAAACGAAGUAGAAAAUCUGUGUUCAGUACUGCCGAACAUUUGGCGGAUGCUGGCGAAGAUGACGAAUAAACAGAAGAGAAUACAAUUCACAAUUAAAUAACUUUAAUAAGUAUGUUUAAUCAUAAUAUAUUUGUUUUUGUAUAACUGCACUACAAAAUACAUAUAUUCGUAUUUAGAUAAACUAUAAAGUAAAUAAGCAUUAUAUAAUUUUACAUACAGGUAAAAAAUAAAUUAAAUUGUUUUAGCCUA